UCCAGACCUGAAAAAAAAAAAAAACUUUAAAAUGGAAGGUUGAGAAGAAGGUAGUGUAUCUCUACCCUGAGCAGUUAGUAGUGGGAUCGAACCGCCAAAAGCAAAAGCCCUAGCCUCCUUUAACGAGCCAGAGCGAGGGAGCGAAUCGCUCUAUUCUCGCUCUGGCUGUUCAAUUCAUCAACAAUUGCCAAGUUCAUGGUUCCAUGUCAUGUCGAAAAGGAUUCUUUGCAAGUUCUUUGUAAAUGGUACAUGUCUGAAAGGAGAGUACUGUGAGUUCUCGCAUCAUUGGAAAGAUCCUCCAAAUAAUGUAUGCACAUACUACCAAAAAGGAUUAUGUGCCUAUGGUAGCAGGUGUAGAUACAAACAUGUUAAAGUUUCUGAACAACCCUCACUUCCAUCUUCGUCAGCUCCAGCUCAACAUCUGCUCUCAGCUUCUCCUCCCACCACUCUCUCUCCUGGAAUGCUAGCAAAUGGUGCAGGACUUCUGUCAGGCAUUUCUUCAGCAUCAGGCCGACCUUUUUACCCUCCCAACCAGCCUGUAUGGAGUGAAAAUUCAGAGCAUCAUGAUGCGGCAGUUAUUGAUAAUAUUGUCGAGUUAAAGAGAAUGAAUCCAGCUGAUCGAUCAAUUUGUUCUUUUGCUGCUGCUGGUAAAUGUCCACGGGGAGAAAACUGUCCUUAUAUUCAUGGAGAUUUAUGUCCAAUAUGUGCGAAGAAUUGUUUGCAUCCCUUUCGGCCUCUGGAAAGAGAGGAGCAUAUAAAAAUAUGUGAGAAGAAGCAAAAGCGCCUUGAGUUACUGAAGCAUAGUCAAGAAAUAGAGUGCAGUGUAUGUCUUGAACGUGUACUCUCUAAGACAACUGCAGCAGAGCGGAAGUUCGGGAUCCUUUUUGAGUGUGAUCAUCCAUUUUGUAUAUCAUGUAUAAGGAAUUGGCGCAAUGGUACUCCUUCCUCUGGGGUUGAUAUCAACUCGACAUUUAGGACCUGCCCUGUAUGCCGGAAGCUUUCAUAUUUUGUCAUUCCAAGUGUCAUUUGGUUCUCCACAAAAGAAGAAAAGCAAAUUAUCCUUGAUAGCUACAAAGCCAAACUGAGGUCUAUUGAUUGCAAGCAUUAUGACUUUGGCAAUGGGACUUGCCCAUUUGGAAAUAGUUGUUUCUACAAGCAUCAAUACCGUGAUGGCCGUCUGGAGGAAGUGGUACCGCGUCAUCUUGGUCAUGAAAAUGGAAGCACAGUGAUUGCUAAAAAUAUUAGGCUCUCAGACUUACUUGGCAAUUUGAGAAGAAGGUGAGCUGUGAAUAUGCUUAUAGUGAUUUCAGGGGUUGAAGUCGGAAACAACUUACAUUUCUUCUAAGUGGUUACAAGAUUUAUUGAAUUAUGUGAGUACUGGUGAAUUAUGCGUUGGGAGUUGAGGUGCAGACAUGGCAUUCCAGACACAAGGGACUUGCUUGUAUAAUCAUGGAUACAUGUGUAUGGAAC